AUGGGUAAGAAUAAAAAGUCAAGAAGUCGUGAUCGUUCAGAGGAGAGAACAUCGAAAAGGCUGCGGAAGCUGGAGGACAAGAUGGAGGAAUUGACGUCAGGAUUUGCUCAAAUCAAAGAUGUUAUGUUGAGGCGUAGUCGAUCGUACUCAGUUUCAGAAGAAGCUGACGUGGAAGGAACCGGAAGUGGUGAUGAUAAGUCGGUCGAGGAAGUGGACGCUAGUGUGGAACCUAGUAAAGCGGCGGAGCCGCCUUCCAACCUACAAUCCCAGAUUCCUCAAGUCACCAUUGAUGAACAACAAAAUAUAAGAGAGGGAGUCUCUCAGCCAGGAGAGUCCAGUGCACCGGAACAAGAGUCAAUUAAAGACAAGGAAAAUGAAAGUCCUUGGGACCUAGACGCUGAUGCCCUCCGUAUUCUUGGUGAAGAACCUGUUGAAGAAAAACCUAUGUUAGUCCUUCACUCUAACGUUGCUAAUCGCUGGAAAAAAUAUCUUUCUGAAGGUCUGAGGAAAGAGGUGAAGGAGUCGUUGUUUGAGAAGUAUCCUCGAAAGGGGAAACUCCCUUUUGAACCUCCGAUUCUAAAUGAAGAAGUUGCAGGUAAUUUAAAAGAAUCGGUGCUGAAGCGAGAUAAAUAUUUUUGUACAACACAAAUGUUAGCCGGAUCAGCCUUGGUGGCUUUAGCUCCAGUAAUUGAAUCCUUAGCAACUCUCAAAGAUUCAGAUAGUAUUAAAAGGCUAGAACAAGUUUGGGAUGCUGCCAAAUUACUGAUUGAAAUUCACAAAUCUCAAACAGUCGCACGCAGGGCUUGUAUUUUACCAACGUUAUCUAAGCAGUGGGCAACGGCAUUGGAAAAAAGGGAACCCGAUAACUUUUUGUUUGGUGAAAAGUUAACCGAGAAGGUUAAAGAAAUUAAGGCGAUGGAGAAAGUAGGUGAAGAAAUGAAACCAACCCCACCAAAGAAACCAUAUGGUUAUAAAAUACCCUUUGAAUCAACUCCUAUACAAACUUGUCCACUACCUGAAAAGGUUUGGUCGGACCAAGAGCUGACAAAUAUCCAAUCAGAGAUUAGUGAAUUGUUAAUGAAAGGUGCAAUGAAGGAAGUGGAAGAGGUUCCAGGACAGUUUUUGUCUCCUUUCUUUUUAGUCCCUAAAACAGAUGGUCAACAGAGGUUCAUUCUUAAUUUAAAGGAUUUAAAUAAGUUUAUCAAUGUGGAACACUUCGAACUCGAGGACCUUAGAUCGGCUUGUAAUCUUUUGGAUCGAGAUAUCUUCAUGGGGACUAUUGAUCUUAAAGACGUGUAUUUUUUGAUUCCAGUAUGGAAAUUGCAUCGAAAAUUUUUAAGAUUUGUUGUUCAAGGAAAACUUUAUGAGUUUGUUUGCCUACCCUUUGGCCUAUGUACAUGCCCAUUGACAUUUACCAAAGUGUUGAAGCCAGUAUUAAACUAUCUUCGUCUAGAAGGGUUCUUGUCAGUAAUAUAUUUGGAUGACUUUUUAUGCUUAGGUCACUCAGUUGAGGAGUGUAUGGAGAAUUUACAUCAUGCGAUUAAUCUACUCGAGAAGUUAGGUUUUAUAGUCAAUUUUAAAAAGUCCAAAUUGAACCCUGAAAGAAGAUGUAAGUAUUUGGGAUUCAUAUUAGACUCUUCCUUGAUGAGGGUAGAGCUUCCGGAAGAGAAAAAACUUGCAGUACAAAAACAGAUCAAAGACCUUAAAAAGAAGAGUACAAUAAAGAUUCGCGAAUUUGCUAAAGUUAUAGGUUCAGUAGUAGCUUGUUGUCCAGCGGUGGAGUACGGUUUGCUACAUUGCAGAUCGUUUGAGAAAGCAAAGAUCCGAGCGUUAGAGAAAAAUAGAGGUUAUUUUGAUGCAGUGAUGACAAUUCCUAAAUCUGCUCUCACUGAGUGGGAUUGGUGGUUGAAAACUUUACCAAAUGCUAGUAGGAAAGUAAGAAAUAAUCAUUAUGAGAGAACGGUUUACUCGGAUGCAUCUUUAUCUGGAUGGGGGGCUUUUUGUGAAGGUGAAAGCGCCAAUGGGCUAUGGAGCUUGGAGGAAAGAAAUCUUCAUAUAAACUACCUUGAACUCAAAGCGGCUUUAUUAGCCUUGAAAUGCUUUGCUGCGGAUCUAAGGGGUACUGACAUUCUAAUGAUGGUCGACAAUACAACGACAAUGGCAUACAUAAAUAAAAUGGGAGGUGUUCGAUAUUCUGGUCUUCAUAGGUUAGCUUGCGAAUUAUGGAAUUGGUGUGAAGUUCGAAAAUUAUGGGUUUAUGCUUCGUACAUCCCAUCAGAAGAAAAUGUCGAAGCUGAUCGAUCAUCAAGAAUCGACAAUUCAGAUGCAGAGUGGGAAUUAGCAGACUAUGCGUUUGAAAAAAUAGUUAAAAGAUUUGGAAAGUUAGAAAUCGACUUAUUCGCUUCUCGAAUAAAUACCAAAUGUGAGACCUAUUGUUCAUGGAAAAGAGAUCCAGUAGCUUAUGCAUUUGAUGCCUUUACAAUUAGCUGGUCUGACUGGAUAUUUUAUGCUUUCCCUCCCUUUGCCGUUACGGCAUCAUCCUCUGGCUGCAAGACUUACCCUGGUUGCCGCGAGGUUAUCAGCCAAGCAUUGUUAAGCAAGGGCAUGCCCAGGGAAGCAGUAGAGACCUCGCUAGCUUCACUGGCAGACUCAACCUCGAAAAAUUAUAAUAGUACAUUGAAGCUGUGGUGGAAAUGGAAUGAAGGCAACGGAAACCCAUAUGAAGUAUCGGUGGAGAAAAUAUUAAAAUUUUUGGCGGAGAGAUUUAGUGAUGGAAUUGGUCACAGUGCAAUAAAUUCGGGUGCAUCAAAAAUAAGACCUGGAAGGCCUAAAUAUGAAUCUACGUGGGACGUAGAUCCAGUGUUAGCCAGAUUAGAAACUUGGGCUCCUAUAACGGAAUUGUCCUUGAAGAAAUUGACGGAGAAGUCACUUGUCCUUCUUGCUUUAGGUACAGCGCAUCGCUGCCAGACAUUGGCAUUGAUAAAAAUUUCAAAUAUCAACAUUGAGGAGUCAGAAAUUGAAAUUAGAAUUUCUGACAAGAUAAAAACCUCUCGACCAGGAGCUCCGCAACCAGUGUUAAGACUUCCGUUCUUCUUGAACAAACCGGAAUUGUGUAUAGCUCGGACCUUGAAUCAGUACAUAUCUGUAACGAAGGACCUUCGAGAGGGUACAGACUCCUUAUUCAUCGCACUUAAUAAGCCACAUAAGGCAGUCAAAAGCGAGACAAUUGCUCGGUGGAUAAGGACGGCGUUAGAAUCAUUAGGAGAUGACAAAAGAUUUACAGCACACUCUACUAGACAUGCAUCAACGUCUCGAGCACAAAAAAGAAGCGUCAGUAUUGACGAGAUAAAAAAGGUGGCAGGGUGGUCUAGGAAUUCUGAAGUUUUUGCUGAUUUUUACCACCAGCGAAUAGUGGUUUUGAUAACAGAUUCGCCGAGGCGGUGUUAA